GUAGAUGACGUUUACAUUUUCAGACAAAGAAACAUAAAAAUGAAAAACAUGCGUAGUCCAGUCAGAGGAAUAAAAACUCAUAUUCCAUUUCCAACUCGGAUUCUACCUGACUCAGCGCUCACUCAGUUGACUCGUCCCCUCACCAAAAUCCCAAAACCCUUCCCGGCGAACAUGUCGUCACCGGAGGGAAAACGGUUAGAAGAAGAGUUAUCCUACCCAAUUCUCGUCGCGGAACGAGUUCGCUCAGCGAUUGAAGAAACCGACUCGUUCAAACUCGAGUGCUCCGAAGUCUGGAAACAAGUCGAACGCCUCCUCCAAAUGCUCCGAACGGUUGUCCGAAUCGCCGCCACCUCGCCGCUUUACGAGCGUCCCGUCCGUCGAGUAACGGCUGACACGGCGAAGAAUCUAGAACGCGCUUUGACUUUGGUCAGAAAGUGUAAGCGUCGUAGCAUCCUCCACCGUGUCGUUACCAUCGUCGGUGUCGCCGAUUUUCGGAAGGUUCUAAGCCACCUCGACGCCUCCGUCGGAGAUAUGAAGUGGCUUUUGAGCAUCCUCGACGGCGAAGGUGGAGUAAAUUUGGCACUUCCUCCGAUUGCGAGUAAUGAUCCUAUUCUUUCUUGGGUAUGGUCUUUUAUUGCUUCGAUUCAAAUGGGUCAAUUGAAUGAUAAAAUCGAAGCGGCGAAUGAACUCGCUUCAUUAGCACAAGAUAAUGAUAGGUAUCAAAAGAUUAUUGUUGAGGAACAAGGUGUUCCUCCUCUUUUGAAGCUUCUUAAGGAAGCUGCUUCACCUGCUGCUCAAAUUGCAGCUGCAACUUGUUUGUGUCAUUUGGCUAAUGAUUUGGAGAGGGUUAGGGUUAUUGUGAAUGAAGUUGGAGUUCCUGCUGUUGUUCAGGUUCUUGCUGAUUCGCCGAUUAGGGUUCAAACCCUAGCUUCUAAUUUAGUUGCUAGGAUGGCUCGACAUGAUCCUGUUGCUCAGGAGGAUUUCGCGAGGGAGAACGCGAUUAGGCCGCUUGUUACGCUUUUAUCGAUGGAUACUACUGUGGAUGAGCAGCCGGGUAAUAAUGGUAGGCAGAGUAUUCAUUCUAUUUUUCAGAUUAAUAAGGAGUUAGGGAAGAAGACUGAUUAUAUGUCUGGUAAUGGUAAUAGUAGUAGUAGACAGUUUGCGAAUUCGUAUUCCAAUUCCUAUUAUUUUAGCGAGGGGAGUGGCCGUGGAGGGAAUCAUAGGAAGGAGAGGGAAAAUGUGGAUCCUGUUGUGAAGCUUCAGCUUAAAAUUAGCUGUGCCGAGGCUUUGUGGAUGCUUGCGGCGGGGAGUGUGUCGAAUAGUAGGAAGAUAACGGAGACGAAAGGGAUGCUUUGUUUGGCUAAGAUUAUCGAGAAGGAACAGGGAGAGUUGCAGCAGAAUUGUUUGAUGACUAUAAUGGAGAUAACAGCUGCGGCUGAGUCCAAUGCUGACCUUCGACGUGCUGCGUUUAAGACCAACUCACCUCCUGCUAAAGCUGUUGUGGAACAGCUCUUAAGGAUAAUUAAAGAGGUUGACAGUCCAUCAAUGCAAAUUCCGGCGAUAAAGUCUAUUGGUUCGUUGGCUAGAACGUUUCCUGCUAGAGAGACUCGAGUAAUUGAACCCCUUGUAGCACAGCUGAGUAAUAGAGACAUGAAUGUAGCAGAUGAAGCAGCCAUUGCUCUUACCAAGUUUGCUUGUCCAGAUAAUUUCUUAUAUAUUGAGCAUUCUAAGAAAAUAAUCGAAUUCAAUGCAGUCCCAGCAGUGAUGAAGCUCCUGAGGAAUAACGAUGUUAACCAGAUGUAUCAUGGUCUAACUCUCCUUUGCUACCUUGCACUACAUGCUGGGAGUAGUGAGUCCUUGGAACAAGCAAGGGUGUUGUUGGCUCUAGAGGGUGCAGAUAAAACAAUUCUUCCUCAGCAUAUAAGGGAUUUGGUAUCCAAAGCAAUUGUACACCUCAAUUUGUAUCAUGCUGGAAGGAAUUCUCAACCAUUGUCAUAUAUGCCUUGAGCACAAAUUCAUCUAGUUUGCGGACCUUUGUUUUAAGAGGUUCAUCGGUUAUACUAUUGAAUUGGUUGCAUCUUGCCUACUCGUCAGGGAUUGUGGGGGUUUUAUUAUUAUGUAGAAAAGAAACAAAGCAUAGUUCAAGAAAAUACUUUAGUUUUUCAGCUUGGGCUGGUUUUUGUCCCUUUUUCCCUAUGAAACUAGUUAAGGGGUGGUGGUUGUGCAGAGAUUAUUUAUAAUGGAUAAUUUACUCUCUUGGUGAUUCAAAUUUGGCUGUGUACUUAUUUUGUUCUCUACAUCACACCUUGAUAGUGCAAAUUUUUAUGUUAGGAUAGAAUUGUUUGAGGAUGUAUUAUGUUGUAGAAUGUGCAGCGCGACUUUUCCAUUUGAUGUAUUUUUACCAGUUUACUGCUUCUGAUCUCGUCUUUUAUUAAUGGGCAACACAUCAACUGUGUUUUUUUGUUAA